CUAAGAUGGCCACCCCAGAGCCCGGCGGGGCAGCGCGAGUUCCACCCACGCAAGGUCACGGUCAUUCCGGGGGCCAGAGGACGACGGCCCGAGGUGGGAGGCAGGGGUGGAAGAGCCGAGGAGGCCCUCGGCACAGCCCGCGCCUCGCUCGGUCAGAGUCCAGCCUCCGUCACCGGAAGUGGGGGCCCCACCCCCACCCCCUAACGUCAGGGGCCGGAAGUGAGCGUUGCUGGGCGCGGGUGUGGGGUGAAGGCGAGUGUGAGCGGGAGUGUGACUCGGCCGAGCACUUGGAUUUGGCUCCUUCAUUUCCAACAUGGAAGAAACUUACAUCGAUACCCUGGACCCUGAAAAGCUGUUACAAUGCCCCUAUGAUAAAAACCACCAGAUCAGGGCCUGCAGGUUUCCUUAUCAUCUUAUCAAGUGCAGAAAGAAUCAUCCUGACAUCGCAAACAAACUGGCUACUUGUCCCUUCAAUGCUCGCCAUCAGGUUCCUCGGGCUGAAAUCAGUCAUCAUAUCUCAAGCUGUGAUGACAAAAGCUGUAUUGAGCAGGAUGUAGUCAGCCAAACCAGGAACCUUGGACAAGAGGCUCUGGCUGAGAGCACAUGGCAGUGCCCUCCUUGCGAUGAAGACUGGGAUAAAGAUUUGUGGGAACAGACCAGCACCCCAUUUGUCUGGGGCGAAGCCAACUACUGUGGCAACAACAGCCCCGCAAGCAACAUAGUUAUGGAACAUAAGAGUAACCUGGCUUCAGGCAUGCGUGUUCCCAAGUCUCUGCCAUAUGUUCUGCCAUGGAAAAACAAUGGAAAUGCACAGUAACUGAGUAUCUAUCUCAAAUGCCAGACCCUAGAAGACUCUGCUUCUUCCUGCUACAGUGGGUUCUUCAUUUUUUUCUCCUAAUCUAAUUAUAGAAAGAUAAAUUGUUUGUGACUU